AAUAUAGAGCGACACUAGACGUAACAAGUAAUUGUUGGAAAAUAAUAGAGAUGGAGAAGGCGGUGAGAGCAUACGCAGAGGUUCUGAGACUUGUAAGGCGUUUACCAAAGGAUUCAAGGGGUUAUUAUGCCAAAUACGCACGCGAGAACUUCGUCAAUUACCGUGAGGUCGAUCCUUCUGAUUCCACAACUCUCCAUGAUCUCUUUCAACGUACCUACACUCAUUCCCUAUGGGUCCUCCAUAAGUAUUCGGUUGAUCAAUCUGCCGCCGAUAAGCUCAAGGAGAUAUGUCGCGGUUAGUGUUGUGCCGCCCAGCUGUUUGUUGUUUUUCCCCACUCAAACAUUUUCUAAUAAUUCUCCUAAUGCUUGUUGAACAGUUACAACAUUCUAUUUGUUUAUGAUGAUAUAUCAUACAUGGUUACUAACUGCUAUAAACAUGAGCAUGCAUGUCUAAACAAAUCAAAAUAAGAGUAACUAAGUUAA